UCUAGUAUGGGCUACACAUCCUACGAAGCUCUGACUGUACGUUCUUGGUUUCGCUGCAUCUUGCAAAUGUUCAUAGAUCAACCAAGUGGUAUCCUGGCCAAGACAGAUGCUGAGCGAACAGUUGGGAAAGUCUAUAUGGAGCAGCUGACUGAAAUGACAAGACUGAUUUUUAAACUCUCUGAAGUAGAAAACAUUCUUUCAAAGGCUCAUGUUGAAGAGUCAGGUUUCAAGCAAGACCCAAAACUUGCCCUUGUCCAGUUCAUUAAGGCUGUUGGUAGAACUUACAGUGGCCUUCAGACACUCCCUGAGAAAUCUGCCAUGGUAGCAAAGACUCUGGAGUAUUUAGGUGAUGUAUUAAAGUAUGUCAAACCUUAUCUGAAGGCAAAAGGACCUCCAGAAGGUCUGCAGCUUACAUAUUGGAUCAUAGGAUGUCUGGUGAAGUUCUGGGCUCCAAUAUUGGCAACUUCCAAGGCCCAGCAACUCUUGUUUCGCAUUGUGGAUUGCUUACUGCUGCCACACUCUGUGCUCCAGCAGGACAAAGAGCUGCCUGUGGCUUUGCUGUCUGCCAUUCAGGAGAGCUUGCCUCUUUAUCUUCAGGGCCUGUCCUUUAUAUGCUGUCAGUCUCAAACACAGGGUGCCUAUUUAAAUCAACUCCUUGGGAGCAUUAUUCAACAGUAUUUUGGACGAUUUCUGCCUUCUUCUCCAACUGCUCCUGGUGCUGGACAGCAUCCUAUGCUGACUGCUUUGUGCAGUUCCAUUUCAGCCCCCCAGAUGCUCCGGCUACGGAAGACCACUCUGCAUGUCAUCAAUGAAAACUACCUGCAGUUCAAAGGUAUUGCUCCCCCUCCUCGCUUGGCCUCCGUUCUGGCUUUCCUUCUUGAAGUGCUUCAGAGAACCCAGAGCACUGAACUCUGUGACAUUGACUCAGCUCUCCCAGCUGUGUUGAAAUGCAUGCUGUUGGUUAACGAGCUACAAGUGAAAAAAAUAUCUACAGACAUUGUACAGUACAUGGUAGAAGGCUGCCAAGCAGGGUCAGGAGGAGAACAUGCCACCCAGCUGACUUCUGUAUUUAGGCAGUUUAUCCAGGACUACACUGCAGUCUAUGAUCACCGUGUUUUCAGCAUCCUAGAAACUGUGGCAGUCUUGGAUCAGACGUUGGUUACCAGCCUGAUUCCCACAAUCACACAGUCUCUGAAGGAUUCGGAGCACAAACAAGGCCUUGGAAAAAAUGCUGCACAGAGGUCUAUUUUGAACCAGUCGUUGUCCUUGGUUGAAGAUGAUGGUCUGAAUGUGUCAGUGGCUCACAUCACUGUGCUGUGA